UAUGGUAGACCUCCUUAUCAAUUAUCAAGAUCCGAAAUUGUUGAACGAAUAAUCGCUGAAACGAUCGAUGAUGCAACUCUUGUAAAAAUAAAAAAACAUACUACUCUACCUUUACCUGAACUUAUUACUCCAAGUGUAAAUGUUCGAACGGUUAAAAAUCCAAGACCUCAAAACAGUUUU